AUGCCCUCUCCACGACAUAUUGCUGCAGCUUUGGCUGCCUCUGCCACUGCUGUAUCAGCUCUCUAUGUCAAUGGCACUGUCGUCGCACCAUGCGACUCACCUAUUUACUGCCAUGGAGAAAUUCUAGAGCAAGUCGAACUCGCUCGUCCUUUUAGCGACUCCAAGACCUUUGUCGAUAUGCCAGCCAUUCGCCCUCUGAGCGAGAUCCAGGAAGCUUUCGACAAGCUCGAGAAGCCUCUUCGCAACAACUCAGCUCUUGCUGACUUCCUCGAUGAGAACUUUGACGAUGCUGGUAAUGAAUUGGAAGAAGUCGACAGCGACGACCUUGAUACAGACCCUCAAUUCCUAGAUAACAUCAACGAUACUGUUAUUAGGGAAUUCACCGAAAAGGUUAUUGACAUUUGGCCUGAUCUUACCCGUCGCUACGAUCAAAAUGCAAAGAACUGCUCCGAUUGUCCCAACAGUUUUAUUCCCGUCAACCGCUCUUUCGUCGUUGCAGGUGGUCGCUUCCGCGAGCCUUACUACUGGGACUCUUACUGGAUCAUUCUGGGUCUUCUUCGCACUGGAGGCUCUUUCAUUGAGAUUGCGAAGAACACUGUUGAGAACUUCCUUGACUUUAUUGAAGAAUAUGGCUUCGUUCCCAACGGCGCGAGAAUCUACUACCUCAACCGAUCUCAGCCACCUCUGCUGUCGCAGAUGAUUAAGGCUUAUGUCGAGUACACCAACGAUACCGAUAUUCUCGAGCGAGCUAUUCCUCUCCUUGUGCAGGAGCAUGAGUUCUUCAUGAACAACCGCUCAGUCCCUGUCUACAUCAACGACGAGACCUACUACCUCAACACAUACAACGUAUCCAACACUCGACCUCGACCAGAGUCAUAUCGCGAAGAUUACAUCACCGCCAACAAUGAAUCCUACUACUCUCCAGAAUCUGGUGAAGUCUACUCUGGCGGCGAAGAACUCAGCUUUAAGCAAAAGGAAGCCCUAUACGGAAACCUUGCUAGUGGUGCUGAGAGUGGUCUCGACUACACAGUAAAGUGGAUUGCUCGCCCAGAUGAUGCCAUUCGCGACAACUACUUCCCUCUUCGUUACCUCAAUACCAGAAACAUCAUCCCUGUUGAUCUGAACUCUAUCUUGUAUGGAAACGAGAUUGCCAUCGCCGAGUUCUACGAGCAGACUGGAAACAGCAGUGCUAGCGACGAGUGGCGUGAGGUUGCUGCCAACCGAAGCUAUGCUAUGCACGCUUUCCUGUGGAACGAGACUCUUUGGAGCUACUUUGAUUAUAACCUAACCUCAAAGGCUCAACAGAUCUACUUCCCGGUUGACCGUAACACGUCGGAGGUAGAUACUGAGGAUGCCCCCGAGGAUCAACAGGUCUUCUUCAGUCCUACCCAAUUCUACCCCUUCUGGCUUGGUGCUGCGCCCGACCACCUCAAGAACAACCCAUAUGCCGUUUACAAUGCCUACAAGCGUGUUGAAUACUACCUCGACAACUCUGAUGGCGGUAUUCCUGCCAGUAACGUCGAGACCGGUCAGCAAUGGGAUCAGCCUAACGUCUGGCCUCCUCUGAUGCACAUCCUCAUGGCCGGACUCGAGAGAGUUCCCGCAACUUUCGGUAUCAUGGAUCCUUCUUUCAUCGAGGUCCGUAGACUGGCUCUUCGUCUUGGACAGCGAUAUCUCGACUCAACCUUCUGCACGUGGUACGCGACCGGCGGCUCAACCUCUGAGACUCCCAAGCUCCAGAGCACCUCCGACGAGGAAGAGGGCAUCAUGUUCGAGAAGUACGCCGACAACGCAACCAACGUUGCUGGAGGCGGUGGCGAGUACGAAGUCGUCGAAGGCUUCGGCUGGACCAACGGUGUUCUGAUCUGGGCUGUUGAUGAAUUCCGCAACAGACUGACACGACCCAACUGCUCCAACCUCGAGACCGCGCACUCCAACGAUAAGCGUGAUUCGAGCGCUGUUAUGUUGCAUGCUCGUGAUGCCAGCCGCGUCAAGAAGUUUGGUCGCAGAAAGAGAGCCGCUGAGAAGGCUGCUAAGAAGAGAUCGAGCCGUCUCUUCCACUUUUAA